GGCGUGUGGAGGUGGAGGAGGCUGCGGAGCGGGAACGCCGUUUUGGGCACGUGCCCCUGAGGAAGCUUUUUCCCCUUCCCCUUCCCUCCCCUCCCCUUUCCCGAGCAGCUGCUGCUGCCGCUGCCGCCGCCGCCACCACCGCUUCCCGCUCUCGGCUUUCCUAGGGAAGCAAGCAGCAGAAGAAGGCGCGAAGAAGAAGAAAGCUUCUCUCCGUCUCCCGGCUCCUCCUCCGCCUCCCCCCUCGGGCAGCACUGCAGAGGCAGCUCCGCUCCGCACUGGGGAGGAGGAGGAGGCGGACGGAGGACGAGGCUCAGCCGGGGCUGCUGCUGCUGCAGAGGCUCCUCGCUCGCCCCGAGGAGUUUCUCUCCCGGCCUCGGGAGUCGCGCCGCCCCCGGCCUGAUUCCCCGCUGCCAUGGAGCCUGGAACAGCCGCCGCCGCUGGGCCGGCAGCCUCCGCCGGAGCCGCGGCGCUCUUCCUGGCUGCGAGCGAGCAGCAGAGCUACUCCGAGCUGUUCUCGCUUUGCGGCGGCGGCCAAGCUGCGCCCGAGGCGGGGGGACCGGCGGGAGCAACCCCCGCCGCCUCCUCCUCCUCCUCCGCCGCCGCCGCCGCCGAGGGGAGCAAAGUGGCGGAGUUGUUCCGGGCGUCGCAGCUGCCCGCCGAGGCGCUUCAUCAGAUUACAGAAUUGUGUGGUGCUAAACGUGUUGGUUAUUUUGGGCGUGCUCAGUUUUAUGCUGCUCUGAAGCUAAUCGCUGCUGCACAGUCUGGCCUCCCAGUACGGAUCGAAAACAUUCAGAAUGAAUUGCCCUUGCCUCGAUUUAUGGCACUGAAAACUGAUAGUGAAGUAAGGUACAGUCAUCCAGCAGAAGUACAUGGAACUAAAUUUCAGAUUCCACAUGCAACACUUGAAAAAAAUUGCUUCAGAAGAUUGGAUGGAGGAGAAAAGCAGCAAGAAGCAAAGUCUCCCCCUAUGUCUCCCAUUGAUUCACCUCCUGCUUCUCCAUCAACCUACCAGAGGAUUCCCUUGAGUUAUGGGUAUGGUGUCCUGAGAAGUGGGCUUGAGCAGCAGCAUGGAGGUUCAUAUGAAGUUAGACAUACUGCUGUCCAACAAGAUGGACCAACUGCAGGGAAUUAUGGGUCCAAAUCAGUUCCACCACAUUCAUCUCUCAUUCGGUCUCUUUCAGUAGAGAGAGAACCACAGGACAGCAGUAGUAAUUACUCAGAUGACCCCUGGAGAAUAACUGAGGAGCAACGAGAAUAUUACACCAAUCAGUUCAAGUCCCUACAACCUGACCUGACCUCUUUCAUUUCAGGCUCUGUGGCUAAGAACUUCUUCACAAAAUCUAAGCUGCCGAUCCCUGAGCUUUCACACAUAUGGGAGCUAAGUGAUGUAGACUGUGAUGGAGCACUGACAUUACCUGAGUUUUGUGCCGCCUUUCACCUCGUUGUUGCUCGAAAAAAUGGUUAUCUUUUGCCGGACACCUUGCCAGAGACUCUUCUGCCUGACUGUUUUCAAGCAGCUCCUCUUCAGCCUAAAAGUGAUCGUGUCUUGAAUUCUUAUUCAGAAUCAUUGGCAGCAAGUCAACAAACGAGGGACUUCAGUAGGACUGAACUUGAAACUGUUCGCGAAGAUCCAAGCAACUCGGAGCCAUUGAUUCUCUUUGAGGCAACUUCCAUUGACCCAGAGACUUCACUCGAAGAGAUGCCUGAUAAAGUUGCCCUGACACAGGACACAGUUAAUGAUGACAAACAAGGUCUGAAAGUUAGUGCUUCUUCCCAGACAAUACAGAAGGAAGUCAAAGCAUCUCAGCACUUGACUGUCAAAACAGUUGCUCAGGAAUCUAACACACUUAAAGCAAGACCAAGAUCAAGAUCUUAUUCAAGCACAUCUAUAGAAGAUGCGAUGAAAAAGGGGGGAGAACCACCAACUCCCCCGCCAAGGCCACAGAAAUCACAUUCCAGAGCAUCCUCCUUAGAUCUCAAUAGGAUGUUCCAGCAAAACACACAAGUUCGGGGGGGUUGGCUGCCACCGCCACCACCUGCUCUACCCCCUCGGCCUUUUGUAACACAGGUUUCUCAUCCUGGCACAAAUGCUGAAACAAAUGCUCAACUCAAAUCAGGCUACAUAGACUUCAGGCUUCAAGAACAGAUGGAACAAGAAUUUCAGAUUGAAAUGCAUUUGCCAAUGAACAGGUCCUCAUCACAAGUUGAAGAAGGCAGCCCAGCAAAAAAGGAGGUGUUGCUUACUCAGCCACCAUCAAAACCGAUUCGCAGGAAAUUCCGGGCUGAAAGCCAGACGCUAGAGAACCAGGAACUUUCUCCCACGAAAAGUGUAGCCCCUUCCUUGCCUGCCAUCAAAUCCCACCAUACAAUCCCAAAACAGCCUUCAAAACAGAAGAAAGCUAUUCAGACAGCUAUCCGUAAAAAUAAAGAAGCGAACGUGGUCCUAGCUCGGUUGAACAGUGAACUCCAGCAACAGCUGAAGGAAGUUCACAAAGAACGAACUGCAUUGGAAACUCAGUUGGAGCAGCUCCGACCUGUCACUGUCUUAUGAAAUUCUGUAACAGAAUUUUUGCUUCAAGUACCUUUAACCGCACAAUAUAUUGGCAGAAGCUUUUUUCACUAAAGCAACAUCAUUUGGAAAAAGUGACUGCCAUAUUUCUUUUGCAUUUCUUGCACCAGUUUACCUUGCAGAUGAAGAAGGUACACAAUCUGAAUGUCAAACCUUAUGCCUAUGAAAUUGAACUUGUUUUGCCACUGACCCUUCAAGAAUGCCUCAGUCAAAUUCCAUCUCUCUCUUACUGUUAACAUUUAUUCCAAGAAUUCUUGAUUUAUAUGCAUUGGGGUGGGAUAUUUAAAUAGUAUAUAUGUCUAGGAAAUUUGCUUAUAUUUACCUUCAUCCUGGAUUAUCACUUUUUACAUAUCUGUGAUCUUUAAAGUCUUUCUAGUUUUAGAAUAAAUGAAAGCAGCCGCUACAAUGCUCUGUAUUCCUUAUGUACUUAUCUGAAAUGUACUCGGAGUCGAGAGUGAAUUUCAUGCUCUUUAUUCAGCUCAUAGUCAUCAAGGAGAAGAGGAGAAGAAGAAUGGCUCUUUUCCCAAAACCAUCUGCUUAUAUACAUUAUUUACACAAUGGGCCUUGCGUGAUUGGCUACUUCAGGGCUACACCUGUGGGCCAAUUAUAUUGUGGAUUGACUUCUGCCUGCAGCCUGAUUGGCUGCUCCUACAGGCCAAUCAGGUAGCAGAUUCGCUUCUGCCAGCCGCCUGAUUGGCUGCUCCAGCAGGCCAAUCAGGUUGCGGAUUCACUUCCACCUGGAGUUGGAUUGGGUAGCUCCCGCUGAUUCUGAAUCCUAUUGUUCUAGGAUUCAGCUCAGUACAUAACAUUAUCUAUUUUUAUUUUUAAAAAAAUCAACUUUGUGAUUACUGACCAUUUCUGGAUGCAACACUAGUGUGCUUGUGCAACCCACUGUGGUUUUGCAACCCACACACAUCUCCUUCUACAAACUACCAUUGGCUGUUUCCUGACAUCUCAGCCACUCUGCAGUAGUUGCAUGGAGUUUGUGCACAGGUCCCAAGAUAUCUGUUAUCUGUGUUGCUGUUUUCAAAAUUCUGAACCAUGGCUGAAUCACGCUGUGUACUUCUCCACUACAAUCUGCAGUUUGGCUCCUGAGCCAGUCGGUAUAAGAUGAAAGUCUGUGUUCCCCAUUCACUAUAAUGGGGAAUCUAAAAACAGCUAAAAUGUUUCCCUUUUGGACAGAGUGGAUUAAGUUUAUAGGCACAGAAGUGCCUCCGGAGUGAAUUAGGCCUGCCAAAUUGCAGACAAAUUCCAGGUGCUUUUUGUGGGGAAGUAAAAAGAAUGUACUUUUCUCCAUAACCCCAGGGGAUCUUGUCUUUUUUCUUACCUUAAAAUAAUUAAGAGGUUGCCAAAUGGUGCAUAAUCUAGCAUGUACAUUAAAAGAAACCUUCGCAGCUUGAUACCAGCCUUUCUCCUGACGAUUGUUUGUGACCUCCAAUAGGCUUUAAAGGCCUCCCAGUAGACCUGCACAGGUCUCUAAUAUACUUUACAAUGUUGAGGAAGCCUAGAAUGCUGCUUGCAGAAUUCUAAACAGCUCUGGGUUGUUGAUUUUGUUGUUGUUAAAGCAGAGCAAAGUACACUUAAAAAAAAAACUAAGAUGAAAUGUUUUACUUAUUUUUUUGGUAAAAAAAAAUGCCCAAUGCUGUGCUUUGCAGACAACAUUUUCGACCCCUUCACUUCUUGCAAAGCCCAUGGACCGAGAGAAGCAUAGAGAUACACAGGAAAAGAUAGAGUUGUACUGGCACAGAAACAAAGAAACAAAGAGGCUCUCUAGCUUUGUUGGUGCCCUGAUCAAACUGAAGAGGUGGGAAUUACACCAUGCUUUGACUCAGGGAGUAGGGCAGUCCCCCAUAUCACCCCAAUUUGCCUUUUUAUUUGCCCCCCCAAGAGAGUAGUGCACACCCCAGUAGUUGCCAUUGGUACAAAUCUGGUGUUGAAGGAAUGGAGGUAUGUUCCCCAACUGGGAAUCUUUGCAGCUACUCCAGUCACUUUCGACAGCAUUGGUGGGCACUGUAUUGCCCUCAGGUUAUAUAACUCCCUGUAGUGUUAGUUCAUGGGGUUUGGUCUGCCUGAACUGACUUGUAGGUGCCUUGGCACUAGUAUUUAUGUGAGUUUUUCUUACUGCUGCAGCAUGAAACCCACAUGUCUUGGAACAGCUAAGUACAAGGAAUGUGCCACAGUUCAUACAGGGCAGACUCGCUCACAGUUGUAUGCUAUGCAAGGCCGAGACAUGCUGGAGCAAUGGUAUGUCAGCACAAUAGGAUUUGUGAACUGUGCCUCAUGUCUGUUCAUAUUACACCUUUUGUAUUUAACUUAUUAUCAGGUGAUGAAAAAAUUAAAUGCUAAAUUUAGAGAUAUGCUGCUUUUGGCAAUUAGAUGUUUUUGCUUAUUUCUUAACUUGUUCUGCUUAUUAUACCUUAGCAGUGGGCAAUAUCCAUUGGCUAACUGUAUGUGUCUUGGUAAAAUCCCACUUACUUGCUUUUUUUGGUAGAAUUAUACUUGUUUUGUAUUCUGGUGAGUUGGUGUUAUCAGUGAAUGCCACAUAUCCGUUUCUCCUCCAUUUUGGAUUAAUGGAUCUUGUUUCCUUAUGGCAAUUAUUGUUUUGGUCGUCUAUCCUACUCAGUUAAUACGCUUCACUCCAAGGAAGUCCUGUUAACCUAGUAAGACCUCUUUGGCAGUAGACAUUCAUAAGCAUAUAUAAUCUUGUCCAGACUGACUUCUAAUAGAAAGUAUUCCUUGAAUUGCAUUCUAGAAUCGCACUGGCAACAAGGACAGUGAUCUUUUGGGGGAAGCUGCAGGUAGGGAAAUAGUUUUACCACUGUAAAUUUAUGUAACUUCAUUUUCCUCCCUUAAGUUUCAUGUUUCUGAAAGUCAUCCCUUAACAUAACACACUCACUGCAUCAUCUACAAGAUGUGAUGAUGUCCUCUAGUUUGGAUCUCUUUAAAUGAGCAUUUGAUAAAUUCCUGGAGGAGAGGACUAUCAACAGCUAUUAGGCCAUUGCACCAAUGUGGAGCCUCUGCUGACAGUGUGGCAGAGCGCACACCCAAACAGUUAUUUGGGUGCAAAAUAAAGGGAGAGGACUACUGCGUUGAGGCCUUUUUGUGGGCUUCACACAGACCUAGCUGGCUACUAUUAAAAACAGGAUGUGGAAUUAUACGGCCUGUUGCUGUGAUCUGGUAGGGCUCUCCCUGCAUUGCGUGUGGAGGUCCCGAAACCACCCCUAAAUAAAUCACAACGUAGACAGGAUUUAAGUUUAAUGGUUUUUGGCAUGAAUUUGGCCACAACUUUAUUAAAUCCAAAACAAUGUGAGUGGUUGCGUAGGCAUUGGCUCUCAACUGUCACCUAAGGACAGAAAUGAUAAUAAUAAUAACUUGCCUUGUCAACACGGGGAAAUCCAACAGGGAGAGACGGGGACCGGGUGUACAGAACUCUCCCCUCUCCCUUCAGGCUCCCAGAGGCAUCAAUAUGCCGUCCUGGCCCCCUACCUAGGGGUUACGGACACAGCAUAGAGCCCCUGUAUUCCUGACCAGGAUUUCCCCACCACUCAGGCAUAAACUUGGGGUCAACUUAAUCAAUAAGACCCUUUAAUACAACCACAAUAACCAAUGCCUAACCGCCAACCUUACAAGUUGUGACUAUUUGCUAUGCAGUAGGCAAAAACCCAAAUGGCACCAGCCAAUCAGCCAAGUGGAAAAAAAUUCCUACCGGCCCCUGAAUACAGGCGACCAAAAAAAAAAAAAUCAUAGCAAUGUCAACACAGAGGCCUAUAAAAAAACAGCGGGGUGGGGAUCAGAAACGCAGCCAAAGAGAAGGAAAAAACCAAGCAUUGAAGUAUUUAUACCCCAGGGGCUAGACUUACUAAAUUGAUACAUGUGAUUAUGCCCAACAACAGCCCAUAUCCAAUCAACGGUGGCCACUCAUGCCCCACCUUUGUCACAGGCGUGGUUUGCUAGCCCCCACCGCAAACCGUGCUCUCCAUGAUGGAGAACCCGCAUUAUAUGACCCACACCUUUCACUGAAAAUAUUCCAUAGCCUUGCAAAGUAAGCAUAAUGUCAGGCGACAGAAAACCCUGCCAACUUCGCCCUGACCAGGGCGGCCGUCUCAGAUGAUGUUGUACUGCAUCAUCACUAAACCAUUGGCCAUACUAGCUGAAAGGGGUAAAGGCAGCCAGCGCAGAUUCUCUAUCCCAGACCUAGACAGACAAGAAUAUGCUCCAAUACAUCGUGCUCUUCAUGUAUACCACUUAGAAACUUUGGUGAUUAAGCAGUAUACAAAUGAAUAGUAAAAAUCUUAGUCAUUUCUACAGAUUCUCAGCAUUUAUGCAAAAUGCCCCAUGCUCAAUUCCUGGCAUCUCUGUGUGCAACUAAAACUUUGGAGAUCUGCUGCCAGUUUAGAGAGAACUGAGCUUGAUAGUCUGACUUAGUAUUAGGAAGCUGCCUGUAAAUGUUUUAGCAUAUGCUGACAGAUUUCAGGCUGGUUUGCUGGCUUCUCCACCCUUCUAUUUUGAUAUUGAAGUAUGCUAUGCAGCAUGACAAUAGAACUUUAAUGACUGGGUUAUAGUGGCUUCUCAGCAGUACAGUGUGUACACAUUAAAGGAAAAUAAUUUACUUGCAGUUUACUUAAAAAUUUAAAAUAGCAGCACAAUAUGAAUGCCAUCAAUGCAAAUAUACUAGAAGUUAACAAGAAAUAAAACAUAUUUGCUAGUAUUUAUAAAACAUGGGUUGAAACAGGGACCUUUAUGUAUAAAAGAAUCAAACCUUUAGUUUCUUAACUAAAUGGUAAUCCUCUGCAAAAUGAUAGUACCAGUGGAAAAAUUAGGUUGGAAGCCAAUCCUUCCAUUUUUGGUGGUAAUCAGCUACUGUCAUCUUAUUAGUUACUCUUAUUGGGAGAUUAUUUCAGGUAUCCUACUCAAUUGCUAGAGUGAACAGCUGGAUUUAAAAAAUGGAAGUUGUUUAAAUAUUAUAAAUUUUCUUGUUGCCUUGUUUUAAUCUUAAAUUAGAUUCUAAUGGCAAGUAUUUUACAGUGUUACUUUUAUGAUGCCUCAAACAUUCCCAUGAUUGUCCCCUACAUGUUUUGGAAUCCUGAUUUUAACAUUCAAUUUUUAGUUUUAAAAAUUACAUUUUAAAACACUUCUUGGUGGAUUAUUUCUACUACAGGAUUUGCAAAUGUUUCAGAUAACUAGAAUGGCGCGAUCAGAUAUUGUUUUGGAUACUAUCUUAUCCACACUGGAAGGCAACAGUACUUAUUACAUAACUUACCUGUAUAAGAUCCAGAAUAUACAUCCUUCAAAUGUUAACGGUAGAACCUUAAUAGACGCAUUACUCCAAAAUGGACUCUCAUCAAUCUCUUUACCUUCACUAGGAAGAUUAUUCUAUAAAAGUAUAAACAGUGUUUGAGGAAGAAUUGCGGCAGAUUAUUUCAGUGUGAACUCUCCUUGCUCUUAUAGAUUUGUUGCCAUUGUAAACAAAUUAAAUCUGGGAAAUGCACAAUACAGCAAUUAAUCUCUAUAUUGGACUGUUCUGGGAUCAGUGUUGAUUGGCAUUAGCAUGAAGCAAGUAUGAAAUGUUUUUUUCUGGCUGUUGAGUUUGUUCUUGAGAAGUGAGUAUUUUGUAGACCAUGGAAGAAGUUUUGUUUAAAAAAACCUGCUACUCCAUUCUUGAAUAGCCUCAGGAAGGGAGUAAUACUGCCAAAUCUUUAUAGUUUUUAGCACAUAAGUGCACACAUUCAGAAAUAAAUAUUUUGUGUGAUAAACAUCUGAUUAGGAAAGACUAAUAAUGAGCCUGUGUAUUCUAUGAAAUAAGAGAUAAUUUAUUUUGUUAGAACAUUGUUACUCCAAGUGACUAAGAUGGGAAGAAAUUAUAUAUUUGAAGUUUUCCUUGUUCUAUUAUUUUGUUGAUACUGUGUUAAUAAAAUUAUGUGAUAUGU